CUCAAUUCCUCCUCUUCUGGGGAAAAAGCUUGGAGCCAUGGUCAGUUUCUCUGAUGCAAGCCGGUCUAGCCACCCAUCAGAAGGAACAUCGAGUGAGCGCCCAGCGAAGAGGCCUAGGCUUGCUGACUGCGUCUCUGCCGCCAGCGCUGGAAGCUGGGAAUGGGCGCAGGUGAUUUCUGCUGUACAACCAGCGAUCGUCGCGCUCAAGGUGACUUUCGUGGUCAGCUUUGAAGAUGAGCAGGCAACAGUGGCCUUGGGCACUGGUUUCGUGGUGGACAAGGAAAGGGGCUUGAUCCUCACGAAUCGACACAUCACAGGUGUGGGACCUGUGCGUGCCCUGGCCAUCUUUGAUCGACAUGAAGAGCUGGAAGUGGAGGUGGUCUAUCGUGAUCCCAUCCACGACUUCGGUUUCUUCCGUUACGAUCCCAAGAAGUUGCGUUUCACAGAGCCUGCAGUGAUUGCUUUGGAGCCCAAGGAUCUGCGAGUUGGUACGGAGAUCCGGGUGGUGGGCAAUGAUGCAGGGGAAAAGUUGCAGAUUCUGUCUGGAACCAUUGCACGCAUCGACAGAAAUGUGCCGGAGUUCAACACGGUGUACAACGAUGAGAAUACUUUCUAUGCUGGUGCUGGAGCUGGUACUAGUGGUGGGUCAAGUGGAUCUCCAGUACUGAACAAAGCCGGGCAUGCCAUAGCACUAAAUGCAGCUGGAACAGAUGGUGCUGCCAGUGCAUUCUUUUUGCCCUUGGACCGAGUGUGUUACACUUUGUCCUCCUUACAAAAAGGUAUUCCGGUGCUGCGUGGCACUUGCCAAGCUUCUUUUCUCUUCAAGGCUUUUGAUGAGUUGAUGAAGGUGGGCCUUCUGGAUUCUCAUGAGCGAAGCGUGCGGGAGAAGGAAAAAGAAGCAACUGGGAUGCUCUUGGUCGACUCUGUUCUUUGUGAGCAGAAAAAGCUUCGGCCUGGGGAUAUUUUGCUAAGCCUAGAAGGAGAGGUCUGCAUUGAUUUCGUUCACCUCGAGAAGAUUUUGGACUCCAAAGUGGGCUCCUCUGUGGAGAUCAAGGUCUGCAGAGGUGGUAACGAGCUAUUGCUCAGUGUGGAGGUGCUGGAUCUUCAUUCCCUGAUUCCAAGGAGCUACGUCGAGCUAGGAUUGGAUGUGGUCCAUGGUCUUGGUUACCAUGCAGCUCGCAAGACUCAUCUCCCACUGGACAGUGGCGUGUACUUGGCACGCCCUGGCUAUGUCUUUGAAUCCUUGGGCUGUGAUUGGGGCUCCCUCAUCACCUGCGUCAAUGGACAAACUGUGAAAGCGAUUGAAGACUUCGUGAGAGCAAUUGAAGACAUUCCAGAUCGCCAGUAUUUUCCUGUCCUGUGGUAUGACAUGCGGGAGUUCCGCAGGGACCGCACUUUGAAAACUGGCUUUGCCAAGAUGUCGAGGGCAUGGUCCCCUCUGAAGAUUUGGCGAUGCCAGUCGGUGGCAGAUGCAUCGCCAGAAGAGUGGGAAUCCGAGGAGUUGGCUGUGCCUUCACGACCAGCACGUCUCCCUGAGCCCCCUGGGCGUUUCGGGGUGCUGACGGGGGGUGACCGUCUGGUGCGGCAGCUGCAGGCAUCUCUGGUGACGAUCCGCUUCCGGACAGACCAGCGUUUCUGCACUGAGGCUUUGGAAAGUGGAUCAUCCGAAGGUGUGGGCCUUCUUGUGGAUGCAAAACGAGGCCUGGUUCUCACAGAUCGACACUCUGCUCCACAGUCCCUAGGUGCAACAGAGGUGACUCUGGGAGGAUGCGCGACGGUGGAUGCAGAGGUCUUGUUCAUCCAUCCUCAGCACAACAUUGCGCUGUUGCGCUGUGACCCAGUAGCUGUGGGCCUGCUGUUGAAGGGCCGUGUGCCCUUAAGCUCGGCCAGGAUUGCCAAAGGCAAAAAGGCAGGUCUCCGCGCUGGAGAAGACGUCCACUUUGUGGGCUUUGACAGCCAGGGCAACGUUUUCAGUGCCGAGUGCAAGGUCUCGGCAGUUUACUUGCCAAGUGGCAAAGAUGAGUUUCCUCCCUGGUCGGUGCCGCGCUUUCGGGAGCGCAACCUGGAGAUUGCAGUGCUGACCGACACUCCAGAAGAUGCACGGGGCGGAGUCCUUUGCGAUUCACGUGGCGCAGUGCGCGCACUUUUCGCAUCUUUCGACUUUCAAACAGCGCGCAGAGACUGCAGAGAGGAGACAACAGAAGCCUUUGGGAUUCCGGCCAACGUGUUUCUGCCCAUGCUGGAGGCCAUCAGAAAGGAUGCCACGAUAACGCCAGAGGUUAGAUCCUUGGACAUGGAGGUAGCAGCAGUGGACUUGGCCACCCUAGCGCGAGGGGCAGGCAAGCUUCCCAAGAAGUGGAUGCAGGCAGUUCUUCAGAGAUGUGGCCAGCAAGGGCAGGUGGCCAGGGCUAUUUGCGUGUGUCGCGUGCUGGCCACUGGGGCCUCGAAGGCAAAGCUGCGACCUGGUGACGUCCUCCUCAGCGUUGCGGGGAAAACCAUUGCAUGCGCAUUGGACGUGGAGGAGGCAUUGGCAAAUCCCACCACAAAGCGGAAACGUGAAGCUUCAAAGGAGGUGGAAAUUUGUGUUUUGCGAGAUCAGAAAGAGGUAGUGGAGCACGUGACUCCAAGCGUCCUUGGCUCUGAGGAUGACGCGGAGCUUGUCAUUUGGUCCGGGAUGGUGCUGCGGCGAACACCCAGGUGUAUUUUGGAACGCUGCGGUGAAAGUGUGGCACCUCGCGCUGGUGGAGUCUUCGUGCAGUGCGUGCUUGCAGGGUCCCCCGCAGAGACAAGGUCACUCCAUCCGCACUGUUUUCUAAUGGAGAUGAAUGGAAAGCCGGUGAAUACUUUGAGUGAUGUUCUUUUAGGUGGCCAAAGCGAGAAGAAAAGGAAUGAAAAGCGGGCUCCGUACGUGCGGCUGUUGCUGUUGGACAUGAAUGGCCAGGAACAUGUCAGGGCGAUCCAACCUGAUUCGCUCUUCUUUCCAACACUGCACCUCCAACGCAACAGUCUGGGACGAUGGAGCUGUACCCAAAAAGAUUGAAAAAGAUGAAAAAAACGGCAACG